CUUGUUCUCGUUCUCGUUCUUAUUCUUUUGGUUUUUAUUAAUUCCUCUUUCGUUCCUCUUUCGGCUCCCCCCAUCCUCUCCACUUUUUUGGUACCAACUUAACCCGUUUUUUUUUUUUUUUUGGUAGCUGAGGAGAAUGUCUGUGCGAAACAGUUAUGGGGAUACAGAGAUUAUCGCCAUUCAAACUUCCUCCGAUGAUACUGCGGUUCUGGGAUCUACAGAGACCGCCAAAGACAAGAAAAGUCUUGAUGUCGAACAAGUCGUCGUUUCGCUAAACGACGCAUCGACCGACAAAAGUUCGCAACUUGCGAAAAAAGGCGACAAGAGUAGCCAAUACUUUUUGGAGCCGACAGAUGAGGAGCUCGCUAAUUUGCCACGUGUGAGAAGUAACGUGUCGCUUAGCGCCUGGCUUGUUGUUAUUGUCGAGCUGUGUGAAAGAUUCGCGUAUUAUGGACUUACAGGACCGUUCCAGGAUUACAUGCAGUACGGCCCCAAUGACUCUACGCGUGGAGCAUUAAAUCUCGGACAGAGCGGUGCGACGGGUCUGUCGAACUUUUUCACCUUUUGGUGCUAUGUGACGCCAAUUUUAGGUGCUAUUUUGGCCGAUCAGUACUGGGGUCGGUACAACACCAUCCUAAUUAGUGCAGUUGUGUACUUUAUUGGCAUUCUGAUUCUCACAUGCACGUCCUUGCCAUCACUCAUUCGGAAGGGGAAGUGUCUUGGCGGGUUCGUGGUGGCCCUCAUCGUUAUCGGACUGGGCACCGGAGGCAUUAAAUCGAACGUGUCGCCAAUGGUAGCCGAGCAGGUUCCUCGUCAUCCUCCAUACGUGAAAGAAGACAGUGCGACAGGAAGGCGAGUCAUCGUUGACCACACGGCGACGGUGUCGCAUGUGUACAUGGUGUUCUACUGGUGCAUUAACGUAGGCUCCCUGUCGGUGAUAGCGACAACAACGCUAGAGAGCAAACGCGGAUUCGUAUAUGCCUUUCUUCUCUGUCUCUGCGUGUUUGUGCUGCCUAUUUUUGUGCUCGUUGUAAGCAAGAAAAAGUACACGCAUCGUCCGCCACAGGGCUCUGUCAUUCUUCGGGCAAUGCAAGCAUUGUUUCUUGCGAUGGAGAACAAAUUCAGUCUGAAAGCCAUACGCCCUUCCUUCCCCCAGACCCGUGGACAUGCACAUCUCAAGGAGAAUUGGGACGAUGUGUUCGUCGAUGAACUAGCCCGCGCACUCCAGGCUUGCAAGACAUUUUUGUUCUUCCCAAUUUACUGGGUGUGUUAUGGACAAAUGACCAACAACCUGGUGUCGCAGGCCUCACGCAUGCAGACCAACGGAGUCCCCAAUGAUUUACUUCAGGCAUUCGACUCCAUUGCACUCAUCAUUUUUAUCCCCGUGUGCGAUUCCCUGGUUUAUCCAGUGUUGCGCAGGUUCCACAUCCCAUUCGGACCCAUUGCACGCAUAACAGCCGGCUUUUUCUUCGCUGCCGCCUCAAUGAUAUACGCAGCGUGCAUCCAGCACAAGAUCUACAGUACUGGCCCAUGCUACAAAACAUUCACAGACAGCUGCUCGUACAACUACGUCAAUGUCUGGCUCCAAAUUCCCGCCUACGUGCUCAUUGCCUUUUCGGAAAUCUUUGCGAGCAUCACUGGCCUUGAGUAUGCGUAUACAAAGGCACCUGUUUCUAUGAAAUCGUUUAUCAUGUCACUCUUUCUUUUCACGAACGCCUUCGGCUCCAUCCUCUCCAUCUGCAUCUCCUCCACUGCUGUCGAUCCAAAGCUUGUGGGAAUGUACACCGGAAUUGGCAUCACAGCCUUCGUUACCGGUAUCAUUUUCUGGUUCUGCUUCCAUCACUAUGACCGACUCGAAGACUCUCUCAACGCUCUCGAUUGCAAACGCGACCAGCUCGAUCACAGCCAGCCAACGGACUGUGAAAAGCAAGCCGCUUCCCUCCCCGCACACUCCCUCGAACAAACCAAUACCAACUAAUCAUACGAACGGCUCUCGACGUGCUCCGAGAAACGACGAAGGGAAAAAAGACACACCAGCAUCCCUUUUGCUUCUGUGAAAAUCUACUAGCCAUUGCCGACGAUCACCCAUCCCAGUCUACGCACUUUCAAACGCCACGACGCCUCUACUGUACCUUAUUGCCAUUCCAAUUUCCGCCAGUGUUGUUUCUCUGCAAACGCACUACGAUAAUUUAGCUCAGUUUAACUAAUUUACCAUUUUGCUUCUAUAUAA